GAAGCCAUUACAGUGCAGAUUCAGCACAUCUAUAAAUCACGUCUGUUCUUGGUUUCAGUUUCUGCAGGGUUGGCGUGCGUCACCUAAAAGAUUUUCUCUAGAUUAUUCUUUACUUCACACACUUCUUCAUCCAUGUUAACAGAACCAUGCAGCGCUGCAUCAGCAUUUCACCGUCACAGUUCCUCUGAGGAAACCUUCAUUUUCAUGACAUCUUGGCAGGAUUGUUGUCGUCUCGUUCCUGCUCUUUCUGGACUCUCAGCGUCUUCGAACGUCGGUCGGCCUUCAAGAAAACAAGCAGCUUGUUCAGGAAAAUGUCUUUUACGUCGUCUGUCCUCCUGACGUCUGCAGGCCGAUGUCUUAAAAGCGCUGAAAGUUGCAGAAAUGUUUUUUCACACCUUCAUUCUCACCCAAAGAGGAGUGACUCUGAUCUUUGAUGAGGUGGGUGACCUACAAUGAAACUCUCAUUUUACUUUGGUGGCAAGAAAUAUAUUUAGAGUUUCAUCCUCACUGCACACUUUUGGUUAAACAAUUUCCAUCUUUUUAGAGAUUUAAAUGUCAAAACUGUCAAUGGUGCUUUUUGAAAGCCAUAAAAAGGGACAUAACUUAGAUUUUUAGUUUGCAGAAGGCUGACAAAAAAAAAAAAGAAAUAGAGACGAGUCAUGAGAAGCAGAGAAAAGCUGCUGAAAAUCUGAAGGUGUUGACAUAAAGCGAAACAUGAAGACCUUUCUCGUUCUUUUGAAGGUAAUUUUGUGUCACUAGAGCAGGAAACGGUCACAGGAGGAAAGUAAAGGUGUCUGCCUGCAGAGCGCACCCGCAGAGCAGAUUGAGCUGUGGUGGAGGUGAAAUGACAAACAUGACAGGUGGAAAACGCCUGAAAAGCCUCCUGCUGCUCCUCAGCCUGCACCUCUCAGGUGUGAGAAGCGACGACAACACUGUGUUUGUGUACAGCAAAGUUGGGGAUGAAGCCCUCUUGUUGUGCUCCAUUGCCUCCUCCGACUGCUCCUCCAUCACCUGGACCUUCUUCAGGAGCGGUCAGGUGCGUUUCUCCAAGGAGGUGAUCCAGGGGCAGGUGAACAGAAGUUCGGAAAAGGCCAGUCGCUUGACUGUCGCCUCCAACUGCUCCCUCAUCCUUCGAGAUCUUGCCCUGGGGGACGUGGGCUCCUACGUUUGCUUGGAGCAUGAGAGGGACGUUACUACGGUCUACCUGUCCAUCCUCGCCAUCAGCUCUCCCUCCAACAUCAUGGAGCUCAGGCCGGGGGGGACGGUCGUCCUGAGCUGCAUCCUCUCUAGCUACUAUGAUGCAGGAAACUGCAGGCAGUAUUCAGGCGGCAGUUUUAAGCUACGCUGGUUAGCAGAAGAGGGGACAGAAAUGGACAAUCACAGCAGGCAUCAACUGACUGAAAGAACUCACUGCAACGCCACGCUGGUCCUGAAUCUGCAGAAGGAGGACAACGGCAGGAGGUGGAGGUGUCAGGUGGAGACCAAGCCAGGCGAAAUAGAGACUCAUUGGGACUUCACCUCCUCCUUUUUGUUUGAAAACACCUCCUCCGCCCGUGUUCUGCAGCCUCCUGCUGACGGCUUGUGUUCCGUCCGGCUGCCCAUCAGCCGCAUUGUGUUGUGUGUGGCUCUGCCGCUCAUGGUCGGCAUCGUGGGAUUGGUCACAUGGGUGUCGGAUAGAAAGAGGAACAAGAUGUUAGCUGCUGCUCUGCAGCAUGACACCAUGGGAAUCAAUCACUGACCUUUGAGAUGAUGUUUCUCCCAAUGACACUAUUCAUUUUCUUCACUCUUAAGCUUUUAUUCCUAACUUAACAAUCUGCACUUCAGCUUUCAUCUGAGUACAUUUUACUGUUUUUUUAGUUGUCUAGAAAAAAACUUGAUAUUUGAAUGUAAACAGUGUAAAACUUUACAGGCCCUCAUUCUCUCUAUAAUGGAAUCAUGUGUUUAAAUUUAGAAAUUUGUAGAUGGUUUCAAUAUUUUGUUGUUAAAUACUACCCCUGUCUUUCUUAAGGUAGCGCGGAUUACUGGAUUUAACUGUCUUAACUGAAGUGACUUAUUUGUUUGAACACAUGUUUAUACAAGUCAGAGGAAAUUUGUAAAAAAAUACUUGUUUUUUUUUAUCUUUAUAUGCAAACAAUAAAAAAUAUCAUCAGA